CCCAGAACAGAAAUUUCCCUCCAAAUCGGAAAAUUUCCCUCUGUACAUAACCCUAACGAUGCCUCUCCUCUCCUCUGCCUCCGGCCAGCAGCAGAAAGAAUUGCCAAGCUUGAUCAUUUUGAAGAGCGAAGCAGGGGAACCUCGUAACUCCUGGAGCGAUGGCGGUUUCACUCAAGCGACUGUGGCAGAUUGGCGGGUCAGACACUCUCAAUCGCCUUAAACCAACGAACCUAUUCACCCAACUAGGAGCUGCCGCCGCUCUGCAUUCUGAAGAUGGUAGUGCCAAAUAUGAAGGGGAGUUCUCGAAAUGGAACAAUGGAGGUGGAGUUUUCCACAGUCUGGCUUGUAUUGAUCCAACGGCAGUUAUAGAAGUUGGUGCCAUAGUUCACUCUAAAGCUAUGGUGGGAGCCAAUGUUCAUAUUGGAUCUGGUGCUGUAAUUGGCCCUGCUGUCUCCAUUGGCGGUUCAACAAAGAUAGGGUGAAUAUCAUAUAUCUUCUGUGAGUUACUUCAAGUUCAUUGGCAAGAUUGAGAUUCUGUGUCCAUUUCAGGUACAAUGCUGUGCUUAGCAAUUGCAGCAUUGGCGAUUCAUGUGCAGUGUAUAAUGGAGUAUGCAUUGGCCAAGAUGGAUUUGGUUUCUUUGUGGAUGAUCAGGGCAAUAUGGUGAAGAAACCUCAGCUUCUGAAUGUGAGGAUAGGGAACAAUGUUGAGAUUGGAGCAAACAGUUGUGUCGAUAGGGGCAGUUGGAGAGACACAGUCAUAGGAGACCAUUCAAAGAUAGAUAAUUUAGUCCAAAUUGCUCAUAAUGUGGUCAUUGGAAGGAGCUGCAUUAUCUGUGGACAAGUCGGAAUUGCAGGUUCUGCAACGAUAGGAGAUUAUGUUACAUUAGGGGGGAGAGUGGCAGUUCGUGACCAUGUAUCAGUUGCAUCCAAGGUGCGGCUUGCUGCUAAUAGCUGUGUCACCAAGGACAUCAGCGAGCCAGGGGAUUAUGCCGGCUUCCCUGCUGUUCCUGCUCGGGAAUGGAGAAGGCAAGUUGCUAAUCAACGUCGGAUUUCCAAGCAAGGGGGUUCCUAA